AAAAAAAGUGUCCAAAUUCAAAACAGAGAGAGAGAGAGCUGUAGGUGUCUCCUCUCAUCGUCCUCCACGUCGAGACUUCAACCUGAUCACCACCACCGCCCUCUCAUGGCCGCGACUACGACUUCAGUAGCUUCUUUCCUUCUCGUCUCACCUCCUUCUCGAUCGCUCUCUCUUCUUCGUCUAAUCAGGUUCGUCUCUCCGGAAAAUCGAGCUGAUACAGCUGGUUUCCUCUCUCUUUUUGCCCCGGUAGUUUUGUGGUCUCUAGUAAUCUACCAAGACGUCAUUUCCGAGAGCUCAGUUUCUACUCAUAGGGAUAGCAGCGGCGACGACGCUUUGCCGUCCCGAGUUGUCUAGUCGUGUAGAGUCUUCCUUCUCUGAUCGGCGCCGUAGCGACGUUGUUGACAGCCUUGUUUCCGUGAUUGUAGUCAUCCGGCGGUGAGAGCAAGUUCGAGUUCGAGAAUCGAAAGCGCAAGAUGUUGUCGAUUCUGAGGCGAAAAGCCACUGCCGGAGGCUCGGAUGCAGUGUUGUUAAGAGAGAGGCUGCGGAAGAGUUGCGCCCCUGCGACCACACGGCUACAGGGUUAUGCCACUGCGGCGAAAGAGAUGAUGGUGAGAGACGCUCUGAAUACUGCUCUUGAUGAGGAAAUGUCUGCAGAUCCUAGAGUCUUUCUAAUGGGUGAGGAGGUUGGAGAAUACCAGGGAGCCUACAAGGUAUCUAAAGGUCUUUUGCAGAAGUUUGGACCUGAGAGGGUUGUUGAUACUCCAAUCUCAGAGGCUGGUUUCACUGGAAUUGGAGUCGGCGCUGCUUACUAUGGUCUCAGGCCUGUCGUGGAGUUUAUGACAUUCAACUUUGCUAUGCAGGCAAUUGACCAAAUUAUAAAUUCUGCUGCAAAGACAAACUACAUGUCGGCUGGCAAUAUAUCGGUCCCUAUAGUUUUCAGAGGACCUAAUGGAGCUGCCGCAGGAGUUGGUGCCCAACACUCUCAAUGUUAUGCAGCAUGGUAUGGCUCGUGCCCGGGUUUGAAAGUUUUGGCACCCUACUCAUCGGAAGAUGCUCGAGGACUGCUAAAAGCAGCAAUAAGGGAUCCUGAUCCUGUUGUCUUCCUUGAAAAUGAGCUGAUGUAUGGGGAGCGUUUUCCUGUUUCAGCGGAAGCUCUUGAUUCCAGUUUUUGUCUUCCGAUAGGGAAAGCCAAGAUUGAGAGAGAAGGAAAGGAUGUCACAAUUACUGCUUUUUCGAGAAUGGUUGGCCUUUCUCUCGAGGCAGCUGAGAUCCUUGCAAAGGAAGGAAUCAGUGCAGAGGUCGUAAAUCUGCUCUCAAUUCGACCACUGGAUAGACCUACGAUUAAUGCUUCAGUCAGGAAAACCAACAGACUGGUAACAGUUGAGGAAGGGUUUCCCCAAAAUGGUGUUGGCGCUGAGAUCGGCAUGUCGAUUAUUGAGGACAGCUUUGGUUAUCUUGAUGCUCCAAUUGAGAGGAUUACUGGGGCUGAUGUUCCCAUGCCUUACGCGGCAAACCUGGAAAGAAUGGCUCUCCCUCAGACUGAGGAUAUUGUACGGGCUGCAAAGAGAGUGUGCUACAGAUCUUUACCGAUGACUGCAACUGCUUAAGCUAAACAACUCUGCACACAGAGCUUUCGAUCAAACUUUGGUUUUCCCCCUGUAAUUGGACUCUUCAAACUGCGGGUUACGAUUUUGUU